AUCGAAUAGGUGAAACUCAUGCUCUGAUUACUGGAUCCACUCUCACCCAAGUCUGUAUUUCAUACUGAAGUGUAAGUUUCAACCGGCUUGUGUUUUUCUCACUAUGGACUCCAAAAAGAUAAUUUAUUUAUCGGCUUGCUUCAUUUUAGCUGUAUCUACAGUAUCCGCAUUGAAUUGUAUACAGUGCAGCAUGUAUCUAGAUUAUAACGACAAUAGUACAAAUACUAAUGAUAAUACAACAGACACUUGUGAUAAGAGAAAGAACGGAACAGGGACACCCUGUGCAGAAGGGGAAGUUUGUUCAACACAAUACAAUCCCGUUACAAAGUUACUCACGAGAGGCUGUGAUAAGAAAGAAAUAUGCAAGAAUGUUCCCGAAAACUACAAUUGCUCCACAUGUUCAUCAGAUCUCUGUCAAAGUUCUAGUUUCCAGAUACAUCCCGUCUAUGCUCCUAUCGUAGCUUGUUUACUGUUCGCCACCUUAAGCAGAUGAAGAAUUUUUCACAAUUGAAAAUCCUUUUGUAUCAUUUUUCAUUAAAUUAUGGAAUAUCCCAUCAAUUAUCCAAUUUGA